UCGGUCGUUGCGUAGUUGGACAGAUGAUCGCCGGUCGCCCAUAAACCAACGUCAAAAUCUGGAUUUCGAUUCUGUUUUUGGGCUUUUUCGCGGGAAUUAUCGUAAAUUUCACGACCACAGAGCCACCGUGCCGCGAGUUCCGCAUUGUGACAAGUGAACAGUGAGUGCGUCUCAGUGAAAAAGUGCGCCCUUUUCCACCACAAACCCUCCCAGGAUAAACAAAACACUUCCGACUCCUUCCGUCACUCAUUUGCAUAGUUGAAGACAUUUAAAGAUAACACCAAAAUGCCGGCUGUUUUUCAAAUGGGUCCGAAUACUUUGGCUGUGCCAAUGAAAUUGUUCAAGAACAAUCGCCUACGUGUGGUGGAGCAGUUGCAGAAACACCCGAAAGUUGAUGAUAGAACCUAUAUUUUGUUGGAAGGUGGAAAGGAUAUUAGCUUGUAUGACACCGAUGUUGAUCAUGUGUUCAGACAGGAAUCCUAUUUCAACUAUUUGUUUGGUGCAAAGGAGCCUGGCUGUUAUGGAGCCAUCAACGUGAGAACCGGUCACUCUACCCUUUUUGUGCCUCACUUGCCUGAAGAAUAUGCCAUUUGGAUGGGACGUCUGCAUACUUUACAAGACUUCAAGGACAAGUAUGAAGUGGAUGAAGUCGUUUAUGCUGAUGAGAUUGCAAAAUACUUUGAAAAGGCAAACCCAUCAGUGCUCCUGACUUUGAGUGGCACGAACACCGACAGUGGGCUCCAAGCAAAACCAGCUUCUUUCGAUGGAAUUGAAAAAUUUGUACAGAACGUUGACAUCCUGUACCCUAUUAUUACCGAAUGCCGUGUCAUCAAAUCCGAUAUGGAGAUCGAAGUUCUCCGCUAUGUUGCGAAAGUGUCUUCCGAUGCUCAUAAGGCUGUUAUGAAAACAAUAAAACCCGGUGUGAGUGAAUACGAGGGCGAAAGCUUGUUCCUUCAUCAUUGCUACUCAGUAGGCGGAUGUCGCCAUGCAUCUUACACUUGCAUUUGCGGAUCUGGUAUAAACUCAGCAAUCUUGCACUACGGUCAUGCUGGGGCACCAAAUGAUCGCGGUCUUAAGGAUGGUGAUAUGUGCCUCUUUGAUAUGGGUGCUAACUAUUGUGGCUACGCUGCUGAUAUUACUUGCAGCUUUCCAGCCAAUGGAAAAUUCACGGAGGAUCAGAAGUUCAUUUACAACGCCGUGCUUGCGGCUAGGAACGCGGUAAUGGAUGCUGCCAAAGAAGGCGUGUCAUGGACGGACAUGCAUAUUUUGGCCAAUAAGGUCAUGUUAACAAAGUUGAAGGAAGGGGGCAUGCUGAAAGGUGAUGUCAAUGAAAUGUUUGAGGCUGGACUAGCGGCUAUUUUCCAACCACACGGUCUAGGGCACUUGCUUGGUUUAGAUGUUCACGACGUAGGUGGUUACUUGGAGGGCCAGCCUCCACGCUCUACUAAACCCGGACUGAAUAAGCUGAGAUUCGCGAGAAUCCUUAAAGCUGGGAUGUAUGUUACUGUGGAGCCUGGAUGCUAUUUCAUUGAGUGCUUGAUGGAUAAGGCCUUGUCCGACCCAAAUUUGAAUAAGUUUAUCGUGAAAGUUGUGUUUGAACGUUUCCGCAAAUUCGGAGGUGUUCGUAUUGAGGAUGAUGUACUGAUUACUAAGUGUGGAAAUGAAAACUUUGCUAUCGUUCCAAGAACUGUUGAGGAAAUCGAAAAAUGGAUGGCUUCCUAAAGUAAAUGAUCGUCUUGUUUUAUAAGGGAUGAAUGCCGACAAAAUACUAUUUUUCUAUCUUUUUAAUCUUUUAAUUUGAAACUUGUUUUGGGAUACAAAUCGCUUUAAUAAAGACAUUAUCAAAAAUAAUCAAAUCAUUAACUAAA